UCGACUUUUUUUUUUCUUCUUCUUCGGAUUAAUGCCUGUUCGGUGUUUCUACGAGGAGCAAUAGCAAGGUUCAGGUGUCAAAUCGGGCGGCAUCGGGCGGAUAGCAAGGGCUUGAAUUUGGAGGUGGCCUAUGAUGGAAGGAAUGGUGGUCGCCGUGGCGAAUGGGAUGAAGGUGGAAGCAGUCCCGGCCACUGACGCCGUCGCCGUCGCCACUGUCAACGCGGACUCCCCGACAUCCGUUCUAGAGGACGAGAUUUCUGAAGGUAAGAAUGGGGAUGUGUCAGACCACGUCGAGGCAAUUAAGCAAGAGGAGGAGCUUGCUGACGUGCUUGUUGAGGAGAAAGGUGAUGAUUUUGUGGAUGCAAGUUCUGCGCUACCUGCGGAACUUGCACCCAACAACGGUGAUUUGCCACCUCUCACUGUGCCGGUGAAGAUGGCGAAGAAAGAAGAACAGUUAUUGGAGCCAGUCAAGGAGGAAAAAGCUGAUGAUUGUGUGGAUGCAAUUUCAUCUCUACCAAUUGACCUUGAGGCCAAGAAUGGUGAUGCAUCCCUCAUCACGGAUGCUAUGAAGGAGGAGGAAGACAAGUUGCACGAGGAGCGGGUUAAGGUUGAGGAAGAAGAGGAGGCGAGAAAGAGGGAAGAGGCUGCAAGGGUUGCUUUUGAUCCUAAUGCAUGCUUUAACAAGUUGGAUGAGCUGCUGUCACAGACACAGCUAUAUUCAGAAUUUUUACUUGAGAAGAUGGAGACGAUUGCAGAUGUGGAGGGCGUUGAAACUCAAGCUGAAGAGGAGCCAGUCGAAGAGAAGAAGAAUGGGCGUGGCAGAAAGAGGAAAGCUACUUCUGCACCGAAGUACAAUGAUAAGAAGGCUAAGAAAGCAGUCGCAGCCAUGCUUACAAGAUCUCGUGAAGAUUGCUCACCUGAGGACUGUACUCUCACUGAAGAAGAGAGGUGGGAAAAGGAGCAAGCCAGACUUGUUCCUCUAAUGACUGGCGGGAAGUUGAAGUCCUACCAGAUAAAGGGUGUUAAGUGGUUAAUAUCACUUUGGCAGAAUGGGCUUAAUGGGAUAUUAGCUGAUCAAAUGGGCCUUGGGAAAACAAUCCAGACGAUUGGUUUUCUUGCCCAUCUCAAGGGGAAGGGUCUUCAUGGUCCAUACCUGAUUAUUGCUCCUCUAUCCACUCUCUCAAACUGGGUUAAUGAGAUCUCAAGAUUUGUUCCAUCUAUGACUGGUUUGAUUUAUCAUGGAGAUAAAGCAGCGCGGGCAGAGCUAAGGAGAAAAUUCAUGCCUAAAUCUACAGGGCCGGAUUUUCCAUUAAUUGUAACUUCCUAUGAGAUGGCUAUGUCAGAUGCAAAACAUCUAGCUCACUAUAAGUGGAAGUAUGUUAUUGUGGAUGAGGGGCAUCGGCUAAAGAAUUCAAAGUGCUUAUUAUUAAGGGAGUUAAAGCGCUUGCCAAUGGAUAAUAAGCUCCUUUUGACAGGAACACCUCUUCAGAAUAAUCUUGCAGAACUGUGGUCGCUGUUGAACUUCAUUUUGCCUGAUAUAUUCUCAUCUCAUCAGGAAUUUGAAUCAUGGUUUGAUUUUUCUGCAAAAGGAGGUGAAAAACAACAAGAGGAAAGUGAAGAGAAGAGAAGGGUGAAUGUUGUUUCAAAGCUCCAUGCCAUACUGCGCCCAUUCCUUCUAAGACGGAUGAAGGAGGACGUAGAGCAGAUGCUUCCACGAAAGAAAGAGAUAAUCAUUUAUGCUAACAUGACCGACCAUCAGAAACAAAUCCAGAAUCACUUGGUUGAACAAACAUUUGAUAAAUACCUGCAUGAAAAAUCAGAAAUUGUGCUGCGGAAACCUGGCAUUAAGGCAAAACUGAAUAAUCUGCUAAUUCAGCUGAGGAAAAAUUGCAACCAUCCUGAUCUUUUGGAGUCUGCGUAUGACUCAACAGGCCUGUAUCCACCUGUUGAGAAGCUCAUGGAACAAUGUGGCAAAUUUCAGCUAUUGAACAGAUUGCUAAAUUUGCUGCUUUCACGAAAGCACAAGGUUCUAAUAUUUUCACAGUGGACAAAAGUUUUGGACAUCAUCGAGUACUACUUGGAAACAAAAGGUCUUCAGGUUUGCCGAAUUGACGGUAGUGUUAAGUUGGAAGAGAGGAGGCGACAGAUAGCAGAAUUUAAUGACUUGAACAGCAGCAUGAAUAUCUUCAUUCUGAGCACACGUGCUGGUGGGCUUGGUAUCAAUCUUACUUCAGCUGAUACCUGUAUUCUAUAUGAUAGUGACUGGAAUCCUCAGAUGGAUUUGCAGGCCAUGGAUCGGUGUCACCGGAUCGGUCAAAGUCGCCCAGUCCACGUCUAUCGGUUGGCGACAUCACAUUCUGUUGAGGGUCGGAUCAUCAAGAAGGCAUUUGGCAAGCUGAGGCUGGAGCAUGUGGUGAUCGGGAAGGGGCAGUUUGAGCAAGACAGAGCCAAACCCAAUGUUCUAAAUGAGGGCGAGUUGCUGGCUCUGCUCAGGGACGAGCAGGGCGCCGAAGACAGGAUGAUCCAGACAGACAUCAGCGACGAGGACCUCGUGAAGGUGAUGGACCGGAGCGACCUCACAGGCCCUCCUGCCGACGCCGACGCUGCUCCUCUCCUUCCCCUGAAGGGGCCCGGCUGGGAGGUGGUGGUGCCGACCAAGAGCGGCGGCGGCAUGCUCACAGCGCUCACCAGCUAGCCUUUUUUCCGGUCGCCGCCGACGAGGUGCCUCGUCUCUUCGACCUGUGCUGAUGACACCACCCUUUUGUGUUGAUCCCCCCAAGUAAUUAAUUACUGACUGGGAGUUGCCCUUGCACCAUUAGACUACUAGGAGGUGUAGUAGUGUGCUUCUAAUCUGACCUAAAUUAUCCCUUGUGUUAUUGUCUCAGCUCUGCUGCGUUUCAUUUUGCAAGGCCAAAAAAGCCUUUCCAGCAGGGCCAGAGUAAGAAAGUUGGUUUUGAGAUGUCUACCUGCUUUGGUAACCAAACUAUGCAGGGAAUGCUACUAGUAUUAUAAGAAGUUCCAUGGUUCUAUACUUCCUAGUUGGAGGGUAUAGCAUAGCUCAUUUGCUUGAAUUGGUAAUUCCAAUACCUGGAGCCAAUGAUUGGACUGUGGUAUGGUUUCGGUAUGCUUAGUCCCUAAGUAUACUGAGGGCACUAGUGAGGACAGUGGUAGAUGGGCCCACCGUCAGUCUCCUAGAAUAUCC